AUGGCGUCCGAUUUCCCCGUUUUUGGCAGCCUGCCAUCGCCGUCGCUGUUCACCUUCCCUCCGGGCGCCAAUCCUGCGUUCAUCCCCCCGCCGGCGCCGAACACUGCACCUUCCGCCCCGCCGUUCCUCAUCCCGGACCACAUCUACCAGGCCGCCCUCGACCCGAAGGUGCCCAUAACAAUCGCGGCGCUGUACGCCAUCACCGCAAAGGCGCUGAACAAGUACAACACGUCCACCGGCAAGAAGCCCUGGCCUAUUAGCAAGACCCGCCCUUUUUUCGCGUUUGUCGUCCUUCACAAUGUCUUCCUGGCCGUAUACUCAGCGUGGACCUUCGUGGGCAUGUUCGGCACACUGCGCCGGAGCAUGGUAAACCCGCUGGGACCGGACGGUCUGGCUGGAUUCGUCGACAGCGCGUGCAAGCUCAAUGGACCGGGCGGGCUCGGCCAGGCUGCCGACUACGACGAGAACAGCGGUGCGUGGACGAGCUUGUCGAGCGUUGUCUCCCUGGGUGCAGACGGGCUGCCGAGUCGCAAUGAUAUGGGACGGAUCUGGAACGAGGGCCUCGCGUUCUACGGCUGGAUUUUCUAUCUUAGCAAGUUCUACGAGGUGCUGGACACAUUCAUCAUCCUGGCCAAGGGCAAGCUCAGCUCGACACUGCAGACGUACCACCACGCCGGUGCAAUGAUGUGCAUGUGGGCUGGCAUGCGAUACAUGUCCGCCCCGAUCUGGAUGUUUGUGUUUGUCAAUUCCGGCAUUCAUGCGAUGAUGUACACAUACUACACCCUGACGGCUUUCAACAUCCGUGUGCCGAUACUGGUCAAGCGCACUCUGACCUCCCUGCAAAUCACCCAAUUCCUCGUCGGCGCAUCAUAUGCCAUGGCACACUCGUUUGUCAGCUACACCGUCCCGGUCGUCGUGAGCGUCAACCAAGCAUCAACAGGCUCCGCUGCCACCACUGACGCAGCUCCCUCCGGCGGACUCCUCGACGGGCUAAAGGGGCUCGUCUUCGGCGCCGGCGCCGUGGGCCAUCCAACCGCCGGAGGAUCGUCGUCUGACGCACACAGCAUCACCACCACCUACGGCCAGCGCGUACUGCCCUGCAUCACGACCACGGGCCAGACGUUCGCCAUCUGGCUAAACGUGCUGUAUCUCGCGCCGUUGACGUACCUGUUCGUCAGCUUCUUCAUCGCCAGCUACCUGAAGCGCGCAAGCGCCGAGUCCAAGCGCGCCCGCAGCGGCAAGGGCAGCGCAAAGGCGCGGCGGCCCAGCAGCCACCUGCACGUCGCGGAGGAGGCCGGCUGGGACGCGGCCACGGGCAUCAGGCGCGAGGUGUACGGCGAGACCGAGACGGUCGUCGCGGUGGCCAACGGGAAGAAGACGGUCAGCCGGCAUUAG